AUGACGUCAACAACACCUGUUGCUCCAGCCUAUGGAAGCAAUGUGAAUACAUCCCGAUUCAAGAAAGCAUCAUCGUUAUCACGAUUAAAAUAUAUAAUAUUAGGGACUGUGAUUUUAUUUAUUGUCAUUUUACUUGUUAUCCAACUUUCACUUCAUGUACAUACACCGAGCCAUGAUGAACCACAGGUCGCCCAACCCGAGGCUAAAAACGUUCCUCUUGUGAGUCUGAAUGAAAAAGGAGAGACUAGAGACACAGUCUCUGAAGUGACUAUAUGGUCCACGAGUUUCCAUAUUUCUCCAAUUCAUUGUUUGAAACAUUUCAUGAAGAACAUUUUUGAAAAGAAGACGGGCAUUAAAGUGAACAUUAUUGAAAAAUCUCUAAGUGGACAUUGCGCAUUAACAAAUACAUGUGCCAAAGAUUUGAAAGUUCUCAAUCCAGAUAAUGCAAAAGGUGAAAAUGAAUGUGUUGUACCAAUAGCUAAGCAAUUCUAUGAUGCCUAUGUGGAUGAUCCUGAAUUUAAAAAGGCAGAUCUUGUCAUGUGUGAUCACAAUGUUGCAAUGUGUGAAAUGUACAUGGCAUUCGAUGUUCCUCUUGUCCUCUACCUCACUACUCGAUACGAAUUAUGGAGACAUCAACCUGAAAGAUGGAAAAAUUUAAAUGAUAAUCUUCGUCGAAUGUUCUUCAGAGGACCCAACUCAAUUAUUGCAAAUAAUCUCUAUGAUGCAAAAUACUUUAAUUAUUUCACAGGAUUGGAGGCUGGAGUAGUUGAUAGCUAUUGUGGAUAUGCAGCAGAUAUGGCAACCUAUAGUAAUCCAAUGAGAAAGGAAAUUUUAAUUGGUCCCUCACGUCUUUCCAUCACUCCAUCUGAAUUCUUCAAACCUUUAGAAGAACUAUCAAAGAGGGAUAAAUUUGAUUUGAAAUUAGCUCCCAUUCGUACGCUGUAUCCAAAAUAUGAAUAUUCAGAUUUGGUGAACCAUCCUGCCAUUGUGAUUGUUCCCUAUCAAUUAUCAGUCAUGAGCUUUUUUGAAUAUUACCGAAUGGGAAUUCCUCUCUAUUUUCCAUCCGUGGAUUUACUCACGAGAUGGCAUCUCAAAUAUCGAAUUCUCUCUGAAAAGACAUGGCACAUGGUUCUCACAAAGAAUCCAUCGAGAGGUUCUCCACUUCCCAGAAAUCCUCAAUCCACAGUUUCAUCAGGCAUGGACCCAAAUAAUGAUGUCGAUGCAAAGAGUGUGCGCUAUUGGAAUUAUUUUGCUGAUUUGUAUCAGUGGCCACAUGUCAUCAUUUACGACUCAUUCGAAGAUUUGUAUCACAAAUUGAAGAAGGCAACUCCAGAAUAUUACAAGGAAGUGAGUGCCAAAAUGCGUAAAUAUUCAGAACAAGUCCAACAAAACCUGAUUGAGGAUUGGAAGCGAAUUUUUGAAAAAGCAAAGAAAAAGAAAGGACGAAGUCGCUUCUCUUCCUUCUAUGAAGCAAUCCAAAACUGGGGAAUCUUUAUUAAUGAAAAGUCAUGCGACAUUGCAUAA